GCUUUUUUGGCACUCUGUCUUCCUCUCUUGCUAUAAAAUGGGAUCCACGGCCGAAAUUAGGGUUUAGGCAGGACGAGGACGGGGACGGGGACGCACUUGGAGCAGGAGCAAACCAGAACUUCAACAUGCCUUCACACAAGACCUUUAGGAUCAAGAUGAAGUUGGCAAAGAAGAUGAGGCAGAACAGGCCUAUUCCCCACUGGAUCAGGAUGAGGACUGAUAACAAAAUCAGGUACAAUGCGAAACGCAGGCACUGGCGUAGAACAAAGCUUGGGUUUUAAGGUUAUUGAACUACAGUUUUUGCAUAUGGACUAUAGGGUUUUUCUUUUUGUUGGUAUCAUGAGGCCUGUGCAGGCCAAAUUAGUGGAUGAACAAUAUGACCACAGUUUUUGUCGAAUUUGCUAACAAGCGGAUUAUACAGAUGAUUUAGCGUUUUUUGUGAGAUUCGAAAUACAAUCGGCUAUGGAUUACUGAAUAUUUUUUGACCCA